AUGGCACCAAACGCAUCAAACGGACAAUUAACUGACAAGCCUUUUCACAUUGAGACGAGACUACUCAUCAAUGGAGAGUUUGUCAAAUCCGCAGAUGAGAAGGUGUUCACGCUCUACUCUCCUGCAACCCAUGCUCUAGUUGCUGAAGUGUAUGAAGCAAGUGUCGAGGACACCAACCGAGCAGUCACCGCGGCGAAAGCAGCACAACCAGCAUGGGCGAGACUGUCCCCAACACAACGUGGAGAGCCUCUCAAGAAGCUUGCCGCGCUGAUCCGCGAGCAUCACACCGAGCUUGCCUACCUUUAA